UAUUGUCCAUACAAUAGCGCUGAUGGUAACUAUGAGGUGACAAUAAUGACAAAAGCCAUAAUUCACGACUCCGGAAAAGUGGAGUGGAAUCCGCCGGCAAUUUAUAAGAGUUCCUGUAAUAUAGAUAUAAACUAUUUCCCAUUUGAUCAGCAGGAAUGUUUCAUGAAAUUCGGGAGUUGGACAUACGAUGGAAAUCAGGUGGAUUUGAAACACUUGUACGAUCCGAUUGGAGAACCCGAUAAAGAGUCUGUUGUCGACUAUGGCAUUGAUUUAUCGGAAUUCUAUAUUAACGUUGAAUGGGAUAUAAUGACAGUCCCGGCGAUGAAGAGAAUCAAGUAUUAUAGCUGUUGUCCCGAACCUUAUAUUGACGUUACAUUCAAUGUAACGCUUCGGCGGAAGACAUUGUUUUAUACGGUAAAUCUCAUCAUUCCUUGUGUCGGUAUUUCCUGUCUAUCAGUUCUGGUGUUUUAUUUGCCAUCAGAUUCUGGCGAAAAGUUCUGGUGUUUUAUUUGCCAUCAGAUUCUGGCGAAAAGUAAUCGUAACGAUACUUGUAUUAAAUAUCCACUUCCGGUCUCCAUCGACGCACAGAAUGGCGCCGUGGGUUCGGAGGACUUUCAUAAGAAUCCUCCCGAAGUUGCUUUUGAUGAGACCUCCGCAAUACAAACUCGAAAACAUCGAUUCGGACACUAAGCCAACCAAUGGAAAGGCGGCCACAGAUAUGGC